AGAGAGGAAAAAAAAGAAAGAGGAAAAAAAAUGAGCGACGAGGACGACUUUUUGCAGAAAGCCCGAGCCGGGUUUGAAGAGCUCUGUCGUGGGUUGAAUAUGGACGAAGAGGCGAGCAAUGAAGCAUGGAAAACCUACGAAAAUAUCAGCAGGAAUUUUACACUAGAGGGCAGCGAGCUGCACUGGCUGGCCUGUGCGCUCUACGUGGCCUGCAGGUCCUCGGUGCCGACGGUGGGGAAAGGAACCGUGGAGGGGAACUACGUCUCUCUGACCAGAAUCCUACGCUGCUCCGAAAUGAGCCUGAUUGAGUUUUUCAAUAAGAUGAAGAAGUGGCAGGACAUGGCCAACCUGCCGCAGGACUUCCGUCAGGGCACCGAGAAGCUGGAGAGAAACUUCACGGUGUCGGCCGUCAUCUUCAAGAAGUACGUUCCCAUCUUUAAAGCCAUCUUCAAAGCGCCGUCGGAGGAGCCGCCGCGCAUCCACCGCAGCCGCAAACAGAGACGACAUCCGUGCACGGUGACCGAGGUCUUCAACUUCUGCUGGGUUCUGUUUGUCCAUGCCAAAGGGAACUUCCCGAUGAUCAGCGAUGACCUGGUGAACUCGUAUCAUCUGCUGCUGUGUGCUCUGGACCUCGUAUUCACCAACGCUCUGCUGUGCAACGCCAGGAAAGACCUGCUCAACCCAAACUUUAAAGGUCUACCGGAGGACUUCAGCAGUAAGGACUACAGGCCGGCCUCGGGCCCGUACUGCUUCAUAGAGCAGCUGUGUGAGCUGCAUGACGGCCUGGUGCUGGAGGCCAAAGGAGUCAAAGAACACUUCUGGAAACCGUUCAUCAAGAAACUCUUCCACAAGAGGAUCCUCAGAGGAAAAGAGGACGGUCUGACCGGCUUUCUGGAUCCCAUGAACUUCGGAGACAGUUUCUUGUCUCUGACUCGGGUGUAUGAGGAACAUAUUCUGGCCACCGGCAGCCUGGAUGAGAGGAUCUUCACCGGCGAGGGUGCGAGCGACGACAUCGGCACCCCGGGUCCGUGCCUGUGUGAAGGGUCGGAGAACCAGGACAGCGCCACCUACAGGCUUCAUGCCAACCUCACUGCUUCGGCUCUGAAGGUGUCGACUCCUCUGACGGGCAGGAAGUACAUUCAGGAGAACCGCCUGGCGUCUCCGGUCUCGACCGCCAUGAAGAGCGUCGGCCGACUCCACACGCUGCUGUCGGGAACCAAACAGGGACCGAGCGCUAAGCUAACGGAAACACUCAAGACCUGUGCUAGAGACCCUAGUGAUGUCAUCAGCCAGCGCCUGAAGGAAAUGUUCGAGCUCUUCUCUCAGCAUUACGAAGACAGCGGGGCAGAGAACAGGAGCAUGGGGAAAGACAUGGCAGUGAAGUAUUUCCACCUGGCGGAGGCCCUAUACUACCGGAUUCUGGAGUCAAUCAUUGAGAGAGAAAAGAUGAUUUUGGGAGAUGCUGACCUGUCUUGUAUUUUGGAGCAGGAUAUCUUCCACCGCUCUCUGCUGGCCUGCUGUCUGGAAAUCGUCGUCUUCUCCUACAGACCUCCGGGAGAUUUCCCCAACAUGAUCCGAAUCUUCCGGCUCCCGGCUUAUCAUUUCUACAAGGUGAUCGAGGUGUUGGUGCGGUCGGAGCAGGGUCUGUUUCGGGAGGUGGUGAAGCACCUGAACCAGGUGGAGGAGCAGGUGCUGGAGAGCCUGGCCUGGACCAGCGACUCCCCGCUGUGGGAGAGCCUCCGAGGGGCCAAAGACCGCGUUCCUGCCUGCCAGCAGGUGAUGCCUCCUCAGUAUCUGGAACAAAACGAUGAGAGCAGCACAGGCAGCGUUCCCCUUACUCCCAUUAACCACGGACCGGAUCUCAACACCAGCAGCACCCUCAAAGGUGUGUCCCCCUCCCCCACCACCCUGCUGGACCGCUACAGCUCUCCGCCCACCGGCUCGGCUCGGCGGCGUUUGUUUGUCGACAUGGCCGACGGCGAUUCAGGAGUUACCUCCACCGGCUCCGCCGGUGCAGCACCGGUCGCCGUGGCCAAAACCAGCCAGGCCAGCCUGGUCACAACCAUCCCAGCUGGGCAGACUGUGGUCACCAUGGCAACCGCCACAGUCACCGCCAACAACGGGCAGACAGUCACCAUACCUGUGCAAGGUAUAGCCAAUGAGAGCGGAGGCAUCACUUUCAUCCCCGUCCAGGUGAGUGUGACGGGACAGGGCGGAGCCACGCUGCAGCAGCUGUCCGCACAGACUCUAGGAGGCACCCUCACCGUCCAAUCAGCAUCUGCCAAGCCACCCGCCAAACCAGCGAGCAGCCCACUGAAGAAAGGCUCGCUGUCUCUGUUCUUCAGGAAGGUGUAUCACCUGGCCAGCGUGCGUCUCCGAGAUCUUUGCGCCAAAUUGGACAUCACACCGGACUUGAGGAGGAAGAUCUGGACCUGUUUUGAAUAUUCUCUGGUGAACUGUACGGAGAUGAUGAUGGACCGUCACCUGGACCAGCUGCUCAUGUGUGCCGUCUACGUCAUGGCCAAGGUGACCAAAGAAGAUAAAUCCUUCCAGAACAUCAUGAAGUGUUAUCGCUCGCAGCCUCAGGCCAGCAGCAAUGUCUACAGGAGCGUGUUGAUCUCAGGGAAGAAGAGGAGUCACUCCAGCAGCAACGACUCCAACAAACAGAACUCACCUCCUGACAGCAGCCAGGAUACAGCAGGUGGAGACAACAGCCCGGUUCCCAUUCGCUCCAGCAGCACCUUGCCUGGCCCCCAGCCUGGCAGCGCUCCCUCCACCCCCAACAAGAACUCCUCCUCCUCCCCUUCCUCUUCCUCUUCCUCCAACGUCGUGGGUGACGGCGAGGAGGAGCGAGGAGAUCUAAUUCACUUCUACAACAACGUCUAUAUCAAACAGAUGAGACACUUUGCUCUUCGAUACUCUCCGAGGUCGCCGACUGCAGGGGUGGAGACCCCCCCUCUGUGUCCGUACCCCACCCUGAGGACCGGCUCUCCUCGCCGGAUGCUUCUGUCCAGCAAACACUCCAUUUACAUCUCGCCGCACAAGAAGAGCGCCGCCCCGACACCGACGACCCCCCGAGACAAGAUUUACUACUACAUCUGCAGCAGCCCCCCCAACCGUCUCCAGGAGAUCAACAGUAUGAUCCGGACCGGAGAGACUCCCACCAGGAAGCGCAGCAUGCCUCUGGAGGACGACACGUCACCCAAGAGGGUUUGUCCCGACAACCACUCGGCCCUGCUGCGCCGGCUACAGGACGUCGCCAACGACCGCAGCUCCUCCCACUGAAUCACACACACACAUAUAUAUACCCGCAGAGUACCACGAUAUCACCAUAGUAACACCACCUGUAUCAUCAUGCUACGACAGCAGCAAGCUUCAUGCACUCUGUCACAGUCUCAUCUUCCUUUUUUGGAGCAUUUUGGUCACUUUUAAUUAUAUUUUUAAUGAACGAGGAGCAGGAUCACACAGUCAGACUGAAAACACAGCUUCAUCAGUCGCUGUAGCUGACUGGAUGUUUGUUUCUUGCAUGUUUAAAUUAAAAAAGGACCAAGAGACUCAGCUUUUAUUUAAGUACCAGCUUUUAUAUGAGCAUUUAUACCAGGGCUGGGUAAUCGUUUAAAAAAAUGACGAUACCAGUACCAAUCCAAGUAUCUUUUAAAGUGAUACUGAUACCAAUUAAGUACUUCAUUAGAUUCCCAUUAACACAUUCAGGUCUCUGUCUUGUAUCCGUGGUAACAGGCGUGUAGUGUAGACACACUUUAGAGCGUUUAGGUGGCAUCUAUACUUCUGAACUGCUAAGCGCGCUAACUCAAAUUCAUCACGACUUCACCACCACAGACGGGUUGUAGCUGCUGUGGCAGUGGACCAAUCACAUGUUGCAUUAAAUCGAAGAACGCUUGUGUUGAUUGGCUGUGAGCAAGUCCAUACAAAUAGUCAUAUUUUGUAGAUCUGGGUGCAAAAAGGAUCGAUUGCAGGUAUCGAUUGACGGGAGAUGUUUCGAUACUACUUGGUAUCGAUGUAUUUCGAUAGAUUCCUUAAAGGUAUUGAGUACCGAUACCCAGCCCUACUUUACAGGAUACUUUAUAGUAUGAAAUGAAUCCUGUUUAAUGACCAAAAUGCUCCUAAAAAUCAGAUCAAGUCCUGUGGUCAGACAUGCUAGGUCAGACAUUUUAGUUUAACUUAAACAAACCAAACAAGAAAGGAGGAGUCCUGAACUCCUUCAGCUCUGAAUGUUGCCCUGUUGUUUUUAGCUUGAACUAAUCAAUGAGAGAGUGGUGAUCAAUCAAUCAUCAAGUCAAGUCAAGUCAGUUUUAUUUAUAUAAAGAAAGUUAUCUCAGCAGGUUAAGACCCUAUGAACAGCAACUUGGUGACAUCGACAAGGAAAAACUUCCCUUUUAACGGGAAGAAACGUCAAGCAGAACCGGGCUUUAGGUGCUUGGACAGGUUUGAUUGAGACAGAAAGAGAGAUACAGAGAGGGGGAAAAAAAGAGGAAAGAGAGAAACAGAGAAGCACAGCAACAGCAAUAUAUUAUAAGACGAGACGAGAAAGCACAAAAACUCCACCUACUCUUAGAGAGAGGAGUUUCAGCCUCCUGGACCCAAACUGGAAGAUGGAUUCACGGGAGGAGAAAGAGAAGAAGAAGAAGAAGAAGAAGAAGAAGAAGAAGAAGAAGAAGAAGAAGAAGAGGAGGAGUCCCAUUUUAUUUUUAGAUACUUUUUUUGCUUUCUGCUCUGAGGAACCUGAACUCAUCUCAGUGUUUCUCUCUAUGUGUGUGUGUGUGAAACUCUUCAUUCCAUCCAUUUAUUCUCUCAUACAGGAAUGUAUUUUGUUUUGUUUUGUUGUUUUUUUUAGUGAUAUUAUUAUUAUUAUUAUUAUUGUUUUAUUUUAUACUAGAAGUUUGUGACUGAAGCGUCGGUGUGAUGAAGUAACAGCAGCUUUCAACUAUGUUCUCUUUUUGCACCACCCGGCUUUUUAAUGCUGUAUUUUACCUUUGUUUUGUGUGUGUGUGUGUGUGUGUGUGUGUGUGUGUGUGUGUGUGUGUGUGUGUGUGUGUGUGUGUGUGUGUGUGUGUGUGUGUGUUUUUUUUUAACUCUAUUCUCUAAAAGUUAUUCAGUAGACGACUCCACGUUUUCAUGAUACUAAACAACUUUAAAAAUAUGAUGUAAUUCUUUUGUCUUAUUUACCCGUUAGCUGACAGGAAACAAAAGAGUUUCAUUUAAAUCCAUUAUGAGUCAUUUUCAGCCUAAUCUUUUUUUUUUUCAUCAUUAAAAACAAUCAAAUUCAUCAGUAUUGAUUGAUUAUGGCUUCUGUAAUUUAGUCACAUCAGCAGAUAAUUUGUCACAUAUGUUCAGAUGUUUUUAUUUAAAUGAAACUCUUUUAUUUCAACGUUAUAUGUACAGUACAUCUUUCUGUUCUCACUUAUUUUAACCCCAAAAAACAACUUUGUCAUGAUGAGAAAAGUGUAAAUAUUUGUAAAAAAGAGAAAAAGAAAACUUAUUUUAUCGAGGGCGAUGUAACUUAAAGUGCCUUUUUGUGUUUUUUUUACUUCUGAAAUCUGUUUACAUCCAGUAAAUUUGACUUUAUGAGAUUUUUGAUCUUGAUUGUAAAAUAAAAAAAAAAAAAAGAAAAACCUCUGAUGUAAU